AAAAUUGAGAUGGUUCAUAUCACCAAUAUUAUGGAGUACGAGGACCUUGCAAAGCAGAAAUUACCGAAGAUGGUAUAUGACUUUUAUGCCUCCGGAGCAGAGGACCAGUGGACACCCCAAGAGAAUCGAAAUGCAUUUUCUAGAAUAAUGUUCAGCGUUCAGGCCUCGUAUCCUUGUAGAUGUAAGCAACAUUGAUAUAACCACAAAUGUUUUGGGGUUCAAGAUUUCAAUGCCCCUCAUGGUUGCACCAAUUGCAAUGCAGAAAAUGUAUCAUCCUGAAGGAGAAUAUGUGACAGCACGAGCAGCAUCAGCUGCUGGCACAAUCAUGACAUUAUCCUCAUUGGCUACUUCCACUUUAGAAGAGGUUGCUUCAACAGGACCUGGCAUUCGCUUUUUCCAGCUCUAUGUGUACAAAGACAGGAGUGUUGCUCUGCAACUUGUGAGAAGGGCAGAAAGAGCUGGAUUCAAGGCAAUUGUUCUCACAGUUGAUACUCCAAAGCUUGGCCGAAGAGAAGCUGAUAUCAAGAACAGAUUUGUUUUGCCACCUCACUUGGCACUGGAGAACUUUGAAGGACUGGAUCUUGGAAAAAUAGAUAGGACUAAUGACUCUGGACUUGCCUCAGAUAUAGCCGGCCAAUUUGAUCGAUCUCUUAACUGGAAGGAAAAUGCCCAGGAUGUGAAAUGGCUCCAGACAAUAACCGGCUUGCCAAUUCUACUGAAGGGUGUAUUAACUGCAGAAGACGCAAGGUUAUCUGUACAAGCUGGAGCAGCAGGAAUUAUUGUGUCAAAUCAUGGGGCUCGACAGCUUGAUUAUGCUCCGGCAACUAUAACGGCCUUGGAAGAGGUUGUCAAAGCAGUGCAAGGCAGAAUCCUUGUUUUUCUGGAUGGUGGAGUUCGGCGUGGGACUGAUGUCUUCAAAGCAUUGGCACUUGGUGCAUCUGCUGUAUUUGGAGGCUUGAUAAAGUUCAACCAGGUGCUUUGGCCCGUCAGAGGCCGGGGCCGGAAUAGAGGUCGAGGACGCACACGCGGUGCAGUCAGAGCACCCGGGAGAGCUACCACUGAGGAGCCACCAGCAGUUCCAGCUAGAACUACGCCUACUGCUGCUACUACUCCAGCACUUUAG